ACAGAAAAUGUUGUGGCCGUUACUCGUCUACUGCAACAACUUUAAGCAAACCCAUUCAAUAUCAUUUUCUGAUUAAUCCAAAAUGGGCUGCUCAAUAUUCACUCAUCUUCCACAAAUUAACGCCACCUUUGUCAAACAAAGAAGGGUUCGACCCCGAUUUGUAAUCACAUUUCCUACAUGUUUUAAUGGUUCGAAUCAUCUUGUUCGGCGUGUUGUGUGUUCUGCGGUUGAUGAAGAACAGAUUCAGAAUACGGAGGUUUUGUUUAGUGAUGAUGAGAGUUUGCUUAUUAGUAAUCUUAUUGGUAUCCAAGGACGUGGUCGAUCGGCUUCUCCUGAGCAACUCAAGGCGGUCGAACGAGCGGUGCAAGCUUUAGAGGCUACUGAAGGGGUCGCCGAUCCGACCAGCUCGAGCUUGAUCGAGGGCCGAUGGCAGUUAAUCUUCACAACGAGACCAGGAAGCGCCUCACCGAUCCAAAGAACAUUUGUAGGUGUCGAUUUGUUCAGCGUAUUUCAAGAAAUCUAUCUCCGAACAAAUGAUCCACGCGUUUCCAAUAUCGUCAAGUUCUCUGAUGCAAUAGGUGAGCUUAAAGUCGAGGCUGCAGCUACAGUUAAAGAUGGAAAACGGAUUCUUUUUCGUUUCGAUAAAGCGGCGUUUUCGCUCAAGUUUCUUCCGUUUAAAGUUCCGUAUCCUGUGCCAUUUAGACUGUUGGGCGAUGAAGCGAAGGGGUGGUUAGACACGACUUAUUUGUCAAAAUCGGGCAACGUUCGGAUCUCGAGAGGAAAUAAGGGGACAACGUUUGUGCUUCAGAAGCAAACCGAACCCCGACAAAAAUUGCUGGCUGCAAUUUCAUCGGGUAGUUCAGUAACGCAGGCAAUUGACGAGUUUAUAUCAGUAAAUCAAAAUGUUACCAACGGUGAACAGCCGCUCAUCGAAGGUGAAUGGCAAAUGAUUUGGAGUUCACAGAUGGAAACAGAUAGUUGGAUCGAGAAUGCAGCCAAUGGACUUAUGGGAUCUCAGAUUGUUAAAGAGAACGGGAAACUCAAGUUUCUUGUUGACAUACUAUUCGGAUUCAAAUUCUCCAUGAACGGGACUUUUGAAAAAUCUGGCACCAAUGUGUAUGAUGUGCUGAUGGAUGAUGGCGCGAUAGUGGUUGGACCUUACGGGCUUCCUGUCGAGCUAGUGACCAAAUUCAAAAUGGAAGUCUUAUAUUCGGAUGACAAGAUCAGGAUAACCCGAGGGUACAACAAGAUUCUUUUUGUCCAUCUUUGUGUUGGUCGUUAACAAAAACCCGUACAUGAAUUUCCAUAACAAGUUUGAGAACUUCGAAGAUCAUUGGUGUUUAUAUGACGAUGAUAAUCUCUUUUUGCUGCGUUGUAGAUACGAAUUUAAAUUUGUAACUAGUAUUGUUUCUGCUUUAAUGAUAAUUCAAAAUUCGGGUUUAUAAAUAUGCAUAAAGAUUCAUAUAUGUAGUAGGAUUUGUACUUAAAGUAUGCUUCUCGUACUUUAAAUA